AACACCACUUACCGUCCGUGCUUUUUAUCCCAUCUCAGCCAGAUUUCCAUCUUCAACGUUUCCUCCCUGAUCGCCGAACACAGUUAACUACUUUUUCUAAUUCUACCAAAGCCCACGCUACUGACUCACUUUUGAUAAUUUUAGAGUCGCAGCCAAAUCUUUUUAUUGAUAAUCCUUUUUCUUCUUCGAUAGGUGCUUACGUGCCAAAGUGUCCAGAUUGCGAUCGCACUUCAACGAAUUUCGGGCGCCCUUUUUUUUAUCUUCUUUCUAGUGCAACAUUCCACAACACUCAUCCCAUAUCUACCUAAUACUAUUCUUCGAGUGUGUAUACGCCACACAUAUUCACUAGCAACAUGUCUGUUGAGAUCGAUCCUCAGGAGCUUGGCUUCCAUCGGCCAUUCACAGCGGAAGUUUCGGAAGUCUUACGGAUCAGAAACCCAAAUUCUCACCCCGUAGCAUUCAAGGUGAAAACUACCGCACCGAAGCAGUACUGCGUCAGGCCUAACUCUGGCCGGGUUGAGCCUGGCAAAGAGGUGGAAGUUUCAGUCAUUCUCCAGGCCAUGAAGCAGGAGCCCCCUCCCGACACGAAAUGCCGAGACAAAUUCUUAGUCCAGUCUGUCCCGAUCACUGGAGACAAGGAAUUCGCCAACCUAGCAUCUAUCUGGGACGGUAUUGAGAAAUCAUCCGUACAAGAGAAGAAGAUUCGGGUUAUCUUCAUGCCCCCUGUAGGUGCUCCUGCUGGCACCAGUCACCUUGAGACGCCCGUCAAGCCUUCCGCAGCCAACGGCACCCAGGCGACGCCAGAUGUAGCCCCUCCUGCCUACUCCUCUCCCGGUGACUAUUCAACUAGCCAAACAGAUGCCAAGACUGAGAACGAGAUCAAGCCCGAGGAGCUCCCGGCAACCGCAGGUGUGGCAGCGAUUGCGACCACCCAGAACAGCGACCUAAGCCCCGACGAACUGAAGCAACAACUUAUCCAAGCCGAAAAGGUAAUCGCACAACUUAAGCAAGACCAGGAAGGUUUACGACAGCGUAAGACGGCGGGUACGGACAAGGCCAGUUCCAAGCCUGCCGCGUUAGCUCAGGCAGCACCAGCCGGUACUGAAGGUGUGCCAAUCAAGCUUGCGGCGAUCCUUUGUUUCCUGAGCUUCAUGCUCGCGUAUCUCUUCUUUUAAGUUGCGACAGUGGUGUUCUAGCAGAUUCUUUUAGGGCAGAGGUUGAGGAAUCCCGUUACGGUUGGGACAUUGGCAGACCGGUUUCUUACUAGAGGGAAAGCAUUAGUCGCGAAGAAGACUAUACCUAGGCGAAGAGAAGUAAUAGGAGGUGGAUGAGAAAGGCCAGGCCCCCUCUUAUGUGGAAUGGCCGGAAGUGAGACGAAGGAUCUAAGCUAGCCUUCGUUGUGGCAGACAUUGUACUUUAGCAUGUAUUCCCCUUUGUUUUCCGUUGGCUGUUCAAGGUAUGAGCAUUCUGAUAUAUAUUCGCUUGAAAUUGAUUACGAUCCCUGGGCGAUCGUCGUAAUAACUCAAGCUCAGGGUUAGCCUAGCUCUUUAUGCACCCGGAGCUUCCGUAUAUAAGAUUGUUUUUAAGAUCUUCCCGUUUUAUUGAUGGCGAUCCGGCCUUGGCUUAAGCAUUGCCUAUGCCGGAUGCUACCUCAUUCAAAUACUAUCUAGGUACCUGGGUAGAUUACAUUGCUACGUGCUAUCUCUUUCACUGUGACGGAGUAAAGUCCUCAAGGGACUAGGAGUCAGAUUGUUUCAAGGUAAUUAAGCAUCGUAUUGAAGAGUCUAACCCGGUUCUGACCGCAUCAACCCAACGCCGAAUCCAUA